GGCACACACUGUCUCCGACCGGAGUGAGAACUGCCAGGGUGAGGUCCGCUGGAGGCUGCUUUUAUCGCUCCUGCUGCUUCUCCAGUCCCCCGGGAAGAGCGGCCUGGGCGCUGGCGUUUCCAAAGGCUGAGUAACGUCUGGGGGGACACAAAAGGGAAAGGAAUUAAGGUUUUCGUUACAGAGCGGGGGGAAAAGGAACGGAAUUAACUCAAGCUCCCCGUUAGAGAGGAACAAAGGGAAAGGAAUCGAGUUAAACUCCCUGUUAUAGAAGGAAAAAAGGAUCGGAAUUGAUUCAGAUUCCCUGUUAGGGAAAAAGAAAAGAGAUUAAGUCACAUUCCCUGUUAGAGAGAGAAAGAAGGAAAGGAAUAGGAUGUAACGAGGAACUAAGUCAAGCUCCCUCUUGGCCACUGAAUUGCUGGUUGGGCUGAGAAUAUCCCCCUCAAAGAAGAUUGUGGAGAACAUGGGUUUAGUUUGGUUUGCGAAUCCCGCCAGUGUCAGAUCCGACUAAGAGCUGGGCUGGAAGGGGGCCUGGUCAUCUUUUAGGGGUGGAGGGGCCCCUUUGGACUUUGCCAGCAACAGCAAGAAAAAUCCGUUUGCCUCUUGAGAGGGGCUUGUGGCAGCUCUUUUUACUUUCUUCCUUUGUGCUCUUGAUUUAUUGACUCCACUUGGACCAGCCAGAUCCCCUCCCCCAGCCUCCGCAAGACGAGGGGAGGAUGUCCCUGCAGUACGUCAAGAGCCAGAAAGGCCGAGACCAGCUCCUCUACAAAGGAUACCUCCAUCGGAAAGAGCGGGCGAGUGGGGGCAAGGUUUUAUGGAAGUGUGCCGACCACCAGAAGCUCCCUUGCACAGGGAGGGUCCAUACGCGCGGAGGCCAGGUGGUCAAGUACUUCCCGCAUCGCCAUCCUCCCGAUGAGACGGCGGGGAAAACAAAAAGGAGGGCCUGUGGCCCCAAAGAAACGGCCGCCAGCCAAGAAUCGGUAGCAGUUACUCCGAACUGCGAGACAUCACUAGGAGCCCUGGCUAAGAAGAAGCCCUGUACCCAGAACAAUCCCAAACAGACAAUCCAGCGCUUGAGAGCGUGUCUGAACGCCCUCCGGCAAAGUACGUCUGAUCUACGGACUCCCACCCCUGCAAAAGAGCCACCUUCAACCCUUCCUCAGCCAUCUCCUGGUUGGACUGAGAGUCCCAGGGAGGGAACUGUGGAGGAGAUUUGCAAAGCCACCCCUGUUCCCCAUGAGGAGACAAGCACAUGCCAUUCAUCUUUGUCUUGGGCCCAUCAGGAAGCCGGCCGGCUGAGGUUCCGCACAAGCCCUGUCCCACCUGGAAAAGCUCCCCAGGAGGUCCUCUCCAGGCUGAGCGAGGCAGCUCAGCAAUGGCUGUGUCCCCAAGAGCACAGCAAGGAGCAGAUUGUGGACAUGGUCAUCCUGGAACAGUUCCUGGAUAUGCUCCCGGUGGACAUGCGGACGUGGGUGAGAGCCCAGGAGCCAGGCAGCAGCAAGGAGGCAGCUCAGCUGGCUGAGGGCUAUUUCAAGGAGCGCCCAACAGACCACACUGUUCAGGACCAAAUAACCUUUGAUGAUGUAUCUGUGGGCUUCACUGCAGAUGAAUGGGAUCUGUUGAGCCACAGAGAAAAAACCCUUUACUGGAAUGUCAUGCAUCAGAAUUAUGACAAUGUGGCCUGCCUAGCAGGAAGUGGGCCAGAUGGCAAAAGUGAAGAGAUGGACUCUUGGCAGCAAAUGGCUGAACCUGUAGUGGAGAUGUCAGAAAAACAUGGGGCGCUUUCGCCGAAUCCCAAACAGGACUUAAUCAGGGAGAACUGUAUGGAAAACCAACAGAAAAACAGCUCAGGAAAAGAGGGACAGUUUGUUUAUUUUAGAGAGGCUUUGAGGAAACUAGUUAGAGGCAAAGUUCAUCCAGAUACUGAACUGAGACAGGAGUCCUGGUGCCUCUAUACUGACUGUGAGAAACAGAGUGAAUCCACAGUGUUUCUUGAUACUCAGAAAGGUCCCAUUGAGGAAGAUCCUGAACUGAUACUACCUGGAGAAUUACAUGAACUAUCAGAACAGAAGAAUCUCCAGAAUCUUGAGCACAACUCAGUCAGAGAGGGCCAAAACAGUACGGAGAGGCAGAACUCAAACCACUUGGAAAUGAAAGAAGACAAAUCUGUUGUUUUAAAAAAAUGGUUAUGGGACCCAUUUCUUCAAGAUGUGAGACCAGGCGAUGAGGUUCUGCACAUAGUUAUUGAUGAUGCACAACAAAAUAAAUCAUUAAAUCAUGUCAGUAAUGAGAAAAUCCAUAAUGGGGGACAAGCUGACUGUGCGGUUCUGCCUGAGGAUUCAUUGGAAAUGUCAGAGGAGAUUUCCCAGAAUCCUGAGCAAGACUUGCUGCCUGAUCCUGUACACAUUAGCUCAAAAUAUAGUCCCACUGAAUUGAAUGAAAUUGCAGGUUUAACCACUGAGAACCAGAAGAAAAAUAGUGUGAAGAGCCAUCAGGCCAGCAGUUCAGGAAGGGAAAAACAUCAGGAGAAACCCAUUCUUUUUGGAAAUACCUCAGAGGAACAUGCAAAAGAGAUGUUCCACCCCUUUGGUCAACUAAGUCCAGAGAUCCAGCGUACAUGCAUUGAUUGUGGAGAUCAAGAGGAAAUCUCAGAGCACGUUGAUAAUCAGAAAACCAGCUGUGGGAAAGAUCUGAAUACAUAUCUGAAGUGUGAAAAGCUAUUGUCACAGAAUUUAGAAGAGCUCAGCUGGUCUGAAUCUGGGGGAAACUCCAGUGGCCUCUCCAUUUCUACAAAAUGCAAAAAAAAUGGGGGAAAGGAGAAAUAUUUUAAUAGGAGAAGCACAUGUGUCAAAUCUCUCCUUGGAGCACAUGAGAGAAUUCAUGCAAGACGGAAAUCUCAGAAACUUUUGAAUUGGGAAAACCAGAGCUGUUACAGACCAUGUAGUUGCAGGCUUCCUGAAGGAGAAAAAGGCCUAAUGGAAACCUCACAGUACUAUUCCUUAAAACCCUACAUCCAAACUUGUGAAGCAUUGCAUCUGCCAAUAGAGACAGUCAAAAUAUCCUCGGAAGUUAACUGUUCCGUGCCAGACCCCAAAGGACUGGCAUGUCAACAGAGAUCUUCUUCCCCGCCACUUCUAAACAAAGUGGACACUGAGCCUUCUCUGGCCCAGCUGAUUGGUGUACUGCAGCAAGUGGCUGCAGACACUGCAGAAAUUAAGUCUGCAGUCUCCAACUUGCACACUACAAUAACUGGCAUCCAGAAUGCCCUGGGAAGCCUCUCUGGGUGCACUGAUGAAGCUGAACAUCGGAUUUCCAAUUUAGAAGAUACCUCCCGAAACACCAAGGCCCAGCUUGUACAGCACUGUAAUGAUAUUAAAGCGAUUGAGGCCAAAUUAGGUGGGAAAUUUGCUCAAACCAAUGUUAUAGCAGGACUGUGGUCAUCACUGAAGAUCACUAGAGGGGCCAGUCCCCUGAAUCUGUCUCCUAACUCAUGAGAAAGAAGCUCUCCAACUGGUUCAGAGAGAAGUCUAAGGCUGCUCCUUUGAGGAGGGGGGGUUAAAUAGGUCUAGACCCAUGCUACUCCAAGUGGUAUUCCAUGGACCAGUGCUGGCCCCUGAGCCAUUGGCUGCCACUCCCUGGGAAUUUUUCAGGAAAGAGAGAAAUGGUUGUAGCCCAUCGGCACAAAUAGGGCACCAGCCCCAACAUAUUAGGCAAAUAUACCUUGAGAUGAUCUAUGUCAGUUCCAAGACAUAGCUGUGUUAGUUUGGAAUAUCAUUGAGCAGAGGGAUCUUGUGGCACUUUUGAGACUGAGUGAAAGAAGUUGUGGCAUAAGCUUUCAUAGACUUAGUCAAAGAUGUAAACCCAUUCUAUGAAAGUCUGUGCUACACAUUCUUUUGCUCAGUCUCAAAAGUGCUACAAGAUCCCUUUGCAUACUAAAUUCAGUUGUUAGUAUUAAAUACAGUAGACCCAUGGAAAUGAUGGAAACCGAUAGAAAUGAUGGGAACCCACGGAAAUGAUGGGAGCAAGGCAAAGCGCUAAUGUAUGUUUCAUUGAUUCAAGGGAUCUGUUGUAGUUCGGAGUAGCAGUCGAUUUAGGCCAAUGAAUCCACCGCCUUUGAAAUCAGCACUCCUGGGGUGCAUCUGCACCUUAGAAAUAAUCAGUUUGACACUGCGUUAAGUGCUGUAGCUCCAUCCUAUGGUAUCCUGGGAUCUGUAGUUUUACAAAGUCUUUCUGCCGAAGUGUGUUUGUACCUCACAAAACUACAAGCCCCACAAGCCUAUAGGAUGGGAGCUGUGGCAGUUAAAGUGUUGCCAAACUGCAUCAUUUCUAGAAUGUAGAUGCACCUCUGUUUGCCCUCUUGGAAAAUCUUCGCAAGCUUUCAGACCUUGACUGGUGAUCAUUAACCUUGACUGGUGAUCAUUAACAAGAAAACAUUCUUCUAUCCAGUGGCAGCUGUUGGCCUCUCUAUCAGUGGGGUAGUGAGUCUGUUCCAAUGUUUCCUCUGGAAUUUCAAGGGGCUAUUUGACCUGCAAAAUCUCUUUUAGUUGUAGGAUUCAGCACCAUAGGUAUAUCUUUUAACGUUUGGACUGAAACACAGAACAGUUUCUCCAUCCCACUGAUUGAGUACAGCCCAUGACUUAUUGUGUCUGUGUAGAUGACCACCAGGAUGGUACAGAGACCAAGUGAAGUGCCAGUUUGAUUGCUCCCUUCAGUAGCACACUAGAAUUGCAAGAGUAUCAACUACCUUUCUCUUCUCCAGGCUAAACAUACCCAGCGCCCUAUGCCUUUCCUCAUAGGGCAUAGUUUCUAGACCCUUUUGGUUGCCCUCCUUUGGACAUGCUCCAGCCCAUCAAUAUCUUUUUUUAAUUGGCUGCAUUAGCAGUUUAAACUGUUGUACAUCCAAUUUACAUGGCAGAGGAUUGGACUGGAUGGCCCUUGUGGGUCUCUUCCAAUUCUAUGAUACACCAUUUUAAGUCACUUUUUCCCUCAUUGCAUAGAAUUCUCUACCGAGCUUGUGCCAUGACCCAAAUCCCCCCAAUCCCACCUUUUAUUUGUAGUGAUGGGGAAACCAACACAGAUAUUUCAUGACUGGUGGAAAGUAGGAGAAAUCAGGGAAGCAUCUGACUAUGUUCCUUAACUCAGUUGUUCCCAAACUAGGGUCUUUCAAGUAUUUUGGACUUCAGCUCCCAGAAGCCCCAGCCAGCUUGGCCAGUUGUCAGGAAUUCUGACAGCUGAAGGCAAAAACAUCUGGAAGACUGAAGUUUGGGAACGACUGCAUCUAGCCAGAUGCAGAACAGUAACAUUGUCUGCUGAGACCAGUGGUCCAUUCACACUCCAGAAUUAUGGUUUUAUAGUUCCUGGGAUUGGCAGUUAACUGUCAUGGUUCCACUUUAUGGAAUCCUGGGAUUGGCAGUUAACUGUUAUGCUUCUGUUUUAUGGAAUCCUGGGAUUGGUAGUUAAUGCUCAUGCUUCCUUCUUGUGGAAUACUGGGAGUGGCAUUUAACUGUCACGGUGUCAUCUUGUGGAAUCCUGGGAUUGGCAGUUAACUCUCAAGGUUCCAUCUUGUGGAAAUCUGGUAUUGGCACUUACCUGUCACAAUUCCAUCUGUGGAAACCUGGGAUUGGUAGUUAACUGUCAUGCUUCCAUCUUGUGGAAUCCUGGGGUUGUUUGUUAACUGUCAUGCUUCCAUUUUAUGGAAUCCUGGGAUUAACAAUUAACUGUCAUGGUUCCAUCUUGUGGAAUCCUGGGAUUGGUAGUUAAUGCUCAUGCUUCCUUCUUGUGGUAUAAUGGAGUGGCAUUUAACUGUCAUGGUUCCAUCUUGUGGAAUCCUGGGAUUGGCAGUUAACUCUCAAGGUUCCAUCUUGUGGAAUUCUAGCAUUGGCAUUUACCUGUCACGGUUCCAUCUGUGGAAUCCUGGGAUUGGCAGUUAACUGUCAUGCUUCCAUUUUAUGGAAUCCUGGGAAUGCUCAUGCUUCCUUCUUGUGGAAUACUGGGAGUGGCAUUUAACUGUCACAGUUCCAUCUAUGGAAUCCUGCGAUUGGCAGUUAACUGUCAUGCUUCCAUCUUGUGGAAUCCUGGGAUUGUUUGUUAACUGUCAUGCUUCCAUUUUAUGGAAUCCUGGGAUUAACAAUUAACUGUCAUGGUUCCAUCUUGUGGAAUCCUGGGAUUGGCAGUUAACUGUCAUGCUUCCAUUUUAUGGAAACCUGGGAUUGGCAGUUUGGGAAGCAGCAUUUAAAUUUUUCAGCCAUAAGGCUCUACUGCCACACCAAACUAGAAAUCCUCAGAUUCCAUAGAAUGGAGGCAUAGCAGUUAAAGGUGGAUCAUAGUGCUCUAAGUCAGUAAUAUGAAUGUGUCCCAGACAUAGCCAGAUGUUUUUCUGAUGUCCCCUGUUCUCCACUGGUCACUAAAUGGCUGUUGGGAGGGGAGGCAGGGCUCCUUCAGCUAAACUGUUAGGUUUGGUACCAGUUCUGCAUAUGAAACAUUUUUCUCAGUCACAAUGUCAGUUUACAUUAGACAUGGCACUCAUGUGCUCCUCCAGAUAUUAUUGGACUGCAAUUCCAAUUAGCACCUAACUAGCAUAGCCAAUGGUGAGGCAUUCUGGGAGCUGCAGUCAACACUGUCUGAAGGCCUAUAUGAUUUUUAUCCUUGAUUUAUGUAUGUUUUGGCUGUGCGGUCCCAGACUUUUUUUAUUAUUAUUCCAGCCCACUUUUCGUAAUUAGGAUUGCCACAGAAGGAUUCUGUUUUUUUAUUGUUUUUAAUUUGUCUCCUGUAGUCAUCUCUUCUAUGUUUUAAUGGGCCCUGCUUUAUUUGAUGUUAUUGUUUGGUACCGUGAAUCCCAAAAUGCAACAGCAAACUAGGUUUAAUAAGCUUAAAGAAGUCUACCCAUCCUUUUUUGGCAUUGACCCAAGUAACUUUUACUACUAUUUCUUUCCUGGUUCUGUGUUGUUAGGUAUCAAUAAACCAUUUAAUGCAUUUCA